AUGUCGUCAGAGGAAGAGUCUGAAAUCGACAUCUCAAAUUUGACAUCUGAAAUUGAUGUAGAACAAAAUAAUAGUCAGUUAGACACAGAACUCGACAUAGAACUUUUAAUUUCGCUUGUUGGAAGUAGACCAAUUUUAUGGGACAAGACGUUGGAUAAGUUUUCAGACCGCAAUGAAAAACGAAAAGCUUGGAGGGAAGUGUUUGGAUUGACAAAUCCAGGAUUUGAAAAACUUGAAAUUAAGGACCAAAAAUUGAUAGGUAUGUAA